AUGGAGUGUGCAUUUGAAGCACAGAACCUGAUCUCCAUUUCUUUGAGGAAAAUCCAAAGCUCCAGGACGCAGAGAGGAGGCAUCAAGCUCCAUAAGAACUUGCUGGUAACGUACGUUCUGAGAAACGCCAGGCAGUUUUAUAUGAGCAAAAACUUGUCGCAGACGCAGAGGACGCCUCCGUACGAGGAUGUUGCGACAGUCCGCGAGAGGCAAGAAUACCUCGAACUGACCGGGAGCUUCUCGGAGUUGGCUGAUGACUUCUACUGCAACUUUACCGGGGUUGAGUCGGACACUUGGCACUGCGGAGCGCAUCAGUCCAGCGGACAGCCUGCGGAUGUGGCGCACCAAGACGCAUCUGCCUGCGCAAUGGUUUCACCAAGUGACUCUGACCUCAUGCUCUCGGAAGCCUGUUGGAGCUGUGUGGACAAAUCAUCCUGGGAGUUACCAAUCCCGAACACACAAGCCAACCAAAAGACUGUCCUGGACUUGGACACUCAUGUGGUGACGACUGUCACAAACGGAUACUUCCUCUCAGACUGUUGCGCGCAACCAAAACAGCCGCAGGGCGCGCAGUGCUACAGCAGAAAGCGAAAGAUGGACACAAGUUAUUAUAUUGUUGAUCCGGAGUUUUAUGUGCCGGACUUUGGGCCGGUGCCUUGUAAAAGGAUGAGGACUGACGACGAUGCCCAUUCAGAGUCGGAGCCGUUGGACAGCACAAACAUUUCCAACCUGAUCUCGGUGUUGGGCUCAGGUGGACUAUCUGACUUUGUGAGUUGGCAGCAGACGGACCUUGAGCAAAUAUUCGCCACUCAAACAAUUUGUUUAAAACACACGCUGUUGACAGGCAGUGGCUGGACCAGAGCAAUCGAAGCCUUUUGA